AUGGAUGCCAACCUGUUUCCAACCGAGCCUCGCCAUCAGUUCCACCAUACAGCCAAGGUCCUGGCUUGUGGAAGCAUGAUUGGCACGUCCAUCCUCUUCCCCCUAGCCAAUACCGAAGGUCUCUGGUUUCGGGCCCUGACGCUCGUGAUAUUCGUUAUUGGAGCGUUGGUUUUCCACGCCCUGCACAUAGAGCCAUUCGUCAGACUUGGACUGUACACCAUCGCCGUGGCUUUAGUGCUUCUUCUCGUGGCUGUUCUGGCGGCUGGGCCAUCUAGGGAAGAUCUAAUCCCCUGGCUCCCGUUGUUUAUUGCGUCGUCAAGCCUGGUCACAGUUGUCAUGUCCAAAAUUUCGCGUCACUUCAACCCGUGCCCAGGCUUGGCCAACGCCGAAUCCAGCACCGAGUAUGAGUUCUCGGGUGUGUCUACGGAUACCUUGAGCGACCGCUCCUUCCGGACUUUGUCUUCACUCCCGCGGCCUCAGUCCGCCUUUGAAUCUACCCGGCUUGAUGACCUGUAUUUUGACCGCCACGGACCAACGUCGGUCGCAUCCGGUCGCACAGGAACAGGACUCACCGACAUCACGCUGUCCAGCGUGGAGGGGCGAUACCAGCCCCAUUGGGAUGCCCGGACACGGAGCCUUUUCAUGGAGGGAUUUACCUUGCCUGGUCAGGAUGCCAUGGAGCCGAGAGGACCACAGAACAGGACCGUCAGCCCAGAAGGAGAGGAUUAUCCAGACCCGGGAACGGCUGCGGAAUUCUCUGACGUUGAAUCCAAUGCCGGAAGCGACGAAUCUAACCAGCCACUCCUGGCUAACAUGGGAACUGCCGCGUGA